ACAUCACCUUCUGGUGCUGGUCAAGCUUCAUCAUCACAACUACCCCUCCAUUCGACCCUCUGACCUUCAAAUCGAGGUACAUACCAGAAAACAUGCGCUCUGAAUGGGGCCGCGAUCCACCUUUAGCAGUAUGCGAUGGUACCGAACCACUUAUAGAAGAUGCGACAUCUGCGAAGGAAUGGUAUCAAAGGAAAAUCACAACAUACGUUUCUCCUGCCGUCUUCGCUCUUGGAAAGAAUCCAUAUCCUGGACUACACAUUAGACGAUAUAUCCCAGAGUUGCAGAAGUAUACACCUGAAUACAUAGUCAGCGACCCUUGGAUGGGAGAAAGCAUGAUCUUGCGGCAUAUAACACCCGAUGAGCUGAUGAGAUUAGGUUGCAUCAACUUGGAAAGUGAUGACUAUCCCGAGAUAGAGAUAUCACCUCGAUUCAGAGCCGAUGAAGCAACUUUAGCGAUCGCAAGUACAGAUAAAAGAGUCAUGAAUGUUAUUGGCAACAACAAAGAUAUACAUUCAUGCUUUCGAAGAAGCAAUUGGGAAGAAACUUCAGAUGCCGAGUACGAAUACCUCAAACCAGUGUUGCGAAUUGUGACAGAAAUGAUGGGUAUGGACAGUGUCUUGGAUCUAUGGUUUGCCUUGGGACAACCGAUGCAAAAGUUACCUCAGACCAAGAUGCUAAAAGCCCAAAAGCAGAAACAUCGAGUAUACUAUACAGGCAGAUCUACGGUGGGACAAAGAGUGCAUACCAAGAGUGAGAUGAGGGGGCUCCAGGAUUACGUCAAGUUCAGUUGGAUUCACGAUGAGGUGCAUGGCUCAACAACCGCAGAUAUUACCAGGUCAGGACUUCGUCCAGGUGAUCAUCGCCAUGCUUGCGAUACUGAACUUGAUGACCAUCUUCUCUAUAUCAUCUCUGGUGGAACACAAUUGAAUGCUUCUCACUAUUACCCAGCAGCAUCGGAUGCAAGUGCGUACAUGCGAACACAACUCUUUCUAGCAAAUCUCAUACUCCACGAGUUGACCCAUGUUUGGUUUAAGAAUGUAACGACAGAGAAUGCCCAGACAUGUCCAUUCCGUAACGACGACAGAGCAGGAGAAGAAGGCUUCGCUCUCGAAGCUGUCAUAAACAAGAACGUCAUCUUGAUCGACAAUGAAGCAAACUUUAGCGUGGACACAAUGCCUUUUGGAAUGGCCGCGAUUCGAUGGCCUGGGCUAGAAAGUCGUGUUGAUGAGGGUCUUCCCAUCAAAGCCAGUACUGCAAAGUAUGGCAUAAAGUUUCACACUAUAUAUGCUGUUCCCAUGAGUUAUGUACGUCAAUUCUUCCUAGAUGACUUUUGGGAUAAUCGGGUGGUGAGGUAUGGCGAUGGAGCCUUGACAAACUACAAAGCUGUGGGUGUGCGAGAGUCUCAAUAUGGCGAGUCUGAAUUCGACGAUUUGGAAAGUCCGACAGUCAAACAAAAGCAGAACUCUCUGACUGGGUUAUGGGAAGAUGAUCCUGAGAUUGACUCUGACAAUGAGUUUUCUGAUGUUGAGGAAGGAAUCAUCUACCCGGGAGACAAAGCUCUGAAUAUUCUGGGUGGAGAGAUAUCUGACUCCGAUAUCGAAAUGGAAGAUGGAGAUGAGGGUGAUGACGAUGAC